AUGGAUGGAGCGGAGGGGAGGCGUUGCAAAGGCGGGCGGGUGGAGAGUGGCGGGGAGGAGGUUGGGGGUUUUGGUAGGCGGCGAUGCAGCAGAGUUGCCGCAAGCAGUUGUUCAGCAACACAAACGAGCGCGUCGCCACGUGCGCCGCGGCCCCUCGGGGAUGGCCACGCAGUGUACCAAGCAGCGUACAGCGGGGGUACGCAAUUAUCGGACAGGGCAGGUCAUAAGUCUACGUUGAGAGUUUAA